CUUUCAUUCUUGUAAUCCGUCUGCGUAGGGUGUGCUCCGGAGCUAGCCUCGGCACACAUUUUAUUAUUAUGAAACAAACCAAAAGCUAGUGACCACCCGCAGACAUAUUUUUAUAAGAAAACCUUAAAUCGGUGAAGCAGGAUUCGAUUUGCCAACGAAGCAACGCGAAGAAGACGCUACCUUCGGAAAAAAAGGAACGAAAGACGGAACGGUGUUAGCAGGCUAGGCUAAUAGCGUCAUUGUUGAGAGCGCUGAUAAUUAACGUUAGCCUUAUUGCUUUUCUCAUUUAAACAAGUUUAACUUCCUGGCAUUGUAAUUGUCACGGUUUAUGUUUGAUUUUGUCGAUAGUGUAACACUCUGUUGUUUUGAAGGAGCUGAUAUUCUUAAAUUUGAUCAUUUAAGGCCACGUCGAGUAGGCCGCGCUCCGACAUCUUGCUGUUCGUGCUACAUAGCCCACGUUAUUAGCAGUUAGCCUUAUCGUGGCUCUGGUCUUUAGAGUUUGCCAAAUUAAGAGAACGGAACGCUCUUUAAAAUCACCUGAAAGCCACCUUUCUGCAUUGAAAUUAAACAUUUAUCGGAUUGAUUGAAAACAAACCGACAUGAAUCCCAGCGCGCCUAGCUACCCCAUGGCCUCCCUCUACGUGGGGGACCUGCAUCCAGACGUUACCGAGGCCAUGCUUUACGAGAAGUUCAGCCCAGCCGGACCCAUCCUCUCCAUCAGGGUGUGCAGAGAUAUGAUCACCCGCCGCUCUCUGGGAUAUGCAUACGUUAACUUCCAACAGCCCGCCGAUGCUGAACGAGCUUUGGACACGAUGAACUUCGAUGUAAUUAAGGGCAGACCUCUCCGCAUCAUGUGGUCUCAGCGUGACCCCUCAUUGAGGAAGAGCGGGGUGGGAAACAUCUUCAUCAAAAACCUGGACAAGUCUAUUGACAACAAGGCCCUUUACGACACCUUCUCUGCGUUUGGAAACAUCCUGUCCUGCAAGGUGGUUUGUGAUGAAAAUGGCUCAAAGGGUUACGGUUUUGUGCACUUUGAGACCCACGAGGCAGCUGAGCGUGCCAUUGAGAAAAUGAACGGCAUGUUGCUCAAUGACAGAAAAGUGUUUGUCGGCCGCUUCAAGUCACGCAAAGAGAGGGAGGCUGAGCUUGGGGCACGAGCCCGAGAGUUUACCAAUGUUUACAUCAAAAACUUUGGGGAAGACAUGGAUGACGAGAAGCUGAAGGAGUUAUUUAGCAAAUAUGGUCCUGCUCUCAGUAUCAGGGUGAUGACAGACGAGAGCGGCAAAUCCAAGGGAUUUGGUUUCGUCAGCUUCGAGAGGCACGAAGACGCACAGAAGGCUGUAGAUGACAUGAACGGCAAAGAGCUGAAUGGCCGACAGGUGUACGUGGGCCGCGCUCAGAAGAAGGGGGAGCGUCAGAAUGAGCUCAAACGUAAAUUUGAGCAGAUGAAACAAGAUCGCAUGACCAGAUAUCAGGGUGUCAAUCUGUAUGUUAAAAACCUGGACGACGGCCUGGAUGAUGAGCGUCUGCGCAAAGAGUUCUCUCCAUUCGGAACCAUCACAAGUGCAAAGGUGAUGAUGGAGGGCGGCCGCAGUAAAGGCUUUGGCUUCGUGUGCUUCUCUUCCCCAGAAGAGGCGACUAAAGCUGUGACGGAGAUGAAUGGGCGCAUUGUGGCCACAAAGCCGCUAUAUGUUGCUCUUGCUCAGCGAAAGGAAGAGCGUCAGGCCCAUUUAACCAACCAGUAUAUGCAGAGGAUGGCCACGGUUCGCGCUGUGCCCAACCCCGUCCUCAACCCCUACCAACCUGCUCCACCUUCAGGCUACUUCAUGGCAGCUAUUCCACAGGCUCAGAACCGUGCUGCGUAUUACUCUGCCAACCAGUUGGCCCAGCUUCGCCCCGGUCCUCGCUGGGCCACCCAGGGAGUGCGUCCUCAGCACUUCCAAAACAUGCCCAACGCCAUGCGUGCGUCGGCACCAAGGCCGCAGACCUUCAACACCAUUCGUGCUACCACUACCACCAACACCCAGGUCCCACGCAUGAUGGCCUCCCAGCGCAUGCCGACCCAGGCUCUUGGCCAGCGUCCUGCCGGUGCCUCGGCCACUGCAGCCCCAGUCCGUCCCAUGCCAGGGUACAAAUACGCUGCUGGUGUGCGCAAUCCUCAGCAGCACAUGGCCUCCCAGCCUCCAGUCUCCAUGCAGCAACCCGCUGUCCAUGUCCAAGGCCAGGAGCCGCUGACAGCCUCCAUGCUGGCGGCUGCCCCGCCGCAGGAGCAGAAGCAGAUGCUGGGUGAGCGUCUGUUCCCCCUCAUCCAGAAUAUGCAUCCCAGCCUGGCUGGUAAGAUCACUGGCAUGCUUCUGGAGAUCGACAAUUCUGAGCUUCUUCACAUGCUUGAAUCACCCGAGUCCCUGCGCUCCAAGGUGGAUGAGGCUGUUGCUGUGCUGCAGGCCCACCAGGCCAAAGAGGCUGCUCAGAAGUCCACCACACCUGCUGGUGUUCCUAGCGUCUAAGCUCGAGCAUUUUGAAACCUGCUUCACCGAUGGAAAAAGAGAAAAAAAACUUAAACAUCGAAAAACCUAAAACUCAGAAAACAUUGCAAAAUGAUAAAUUAUUUCUUAAAAAAAAAAUACAAAAACGAUUGAAUCUGCCAGGUCUAGAGAUGGUUUAACUAGACCUUGAUCAUAAAGAAAAAAUUAGUUUAAAAAAAAUAGCAAAAUAGAUAAAAAUUGAAAAUUGUUAUAAAAUUGAAUGCAUUCCUCUGUUUUAUGUCAUUUUACUGUCAGUGCUCAACUUGUCAGCAAUAUCAGGAAAGUGAUUGCUGAGCAUUUUGGGGCAAUUAGUAUUGCAAACUACUGGCUAUAAUAAAACGUCAUUCAAAA